AAUUUUUUAAAAAAAGACUACAGAACAAGAUUCUGCCAUGGAGGAGGAAAGAAGAUUGAUAUACGGCCAGGUCAAAACGUGCUGAAACUCAUACAGGAUUGUUUUGAAGAUUGUGAUGAUGAUCUUACAAUAAACUCUCCAAGUGCAACCUGUUGCUCCACUCCUAUUGUCAGAAAUGAGGAGAAGACGACUUCAACACAGAGCCAGAGGGUGAGAUUAACUAACUCUGUGAACAGAACCUGUAAUCCUGUAGAGUCUGUUCCUGCACCAUCACCACUAAAAGCAGUCAGCAGCAGAGGAUGGUCACAUGAAUCACCCUUGAAGCCUGCAAUACCUGAUGACGUAGCCAAUUCUGAAAAAAUAGAGUCUCCUGCAUCUGAAAGAGGAGUAAAUAAUGUCUUCAAAGAUGUCCAAGUACUACACGAAAGUCCUGCCAAGUUUUCGGACCCUGAGGAUGAUCCUGGGUCUGUUGGAUCACCUAUUCUUGUGGAGGAAGUGAAAUGUUCUCCUGUGCAUAUGGUACAUCUUGAUGACCAAAAUACUUCUGCUACAGUGAAGAGGCACGUGGAAGUUGGAAAUUUGGAAGGACCACAAGCUGUGGGAGAUGGGCAGGUUGUUCCUGUGCAAGGAACAGAACGUAGCACUAUGUCUUCUGUACGGAAGGAGAAGUCGGCUUUCUCUUCGGCCACCGUAGCAGCUGUAGCACCAGGAACACUUGGAAAAUGGUAUUCAGCCUCAAUAUCACCACCAUCACAUCCUCCUGUGACACAUCAAGAUAUAGAAAUGGAAAAUGAAUGUGAUUUUGUAAUUGAUGAAUCAUAUGGUGAAUCUUUUAAUUCUUGGUUUACAAUACCCCGGAAGAACAAAAAGUCAAAAAAAGAUGCCUCCGCAACUGCUGUUUUGAAAUCUCAGCCCCCUGAAAAGGAGAAGACAGAAAGUAAGAAAGGCAAGAACACGAGAGUACAGGUUGAAGCACUUAGUAAACAGAAAAUGCGUCAUUUGGAUGUCCAAGUACAUGACUCCAAAGGAACAUCGGGAUUUGGUCCAGUCUCCUCUAACAGUAAAGGAAAGGUCCUGAAGUCUCAAAGGCAAAGCAGUACUCACGUGGGAAAGACUAAAAGAGGUGCACUUAGGCAAGGCUCUGCAAAGCAGAAAAAGGACACGUCCAGGAAACCAGAAGCUGAAGAACUGAUGUUGUCAUGGUCUGGAUUGGAAACAAACACAUCUGAUGCAGAACAAUGUAAAAGAAGGUUGAUGCCAAGUGAGGAUUCGCCUAUGCCCUCACCUAGGCAUCAGCAAGAGCGGACUGUGUCUCUGAAAAAGAAUCUCAAGUCUUCAAAGCAUCUGCAGUCGGCUUCAAAAGCUUCUCAGCAUUUAGUUCCCAAGAAACAAACUGCUAAGCAGAAACUUUCAAAAGGUACAGUAGCUAAGAGACUGGCACAAAGUCCAAGGAAGAAGAGUAAAAAAUCUGUCACAAAAAGUAGUAAUAAAAAGCCUCAGUUACAAAGAGAGGAGAGUUCUGACAGUGAACCUGGUGAGGUGGGGCUUGAAAGAGAGCCUGUACAACUGGAUGAAGUGUUUACCUCCCCCCUGCGUCGGAAAUCAGAGACUUCUGUGGUUCAGAAGUUGGAUAAGUCUGUAAAACCUAAAAAUGUAUUGCGUGCAUUGGAGUCACUUGGCGGUGCAAAUAACGCAGCUCCUGUAAAAGCACUACAGCAUCUCACAGACAGCAUGCAGAAAUCUGAAAAGAAACGAUCAGCUAAGUCUUCAGGGAAGAUAAACAAAAAGGUUAAUCACAGAAUCACUGGCAGCAUUUGCUCAGACUCUGAGGGCACCUCAGACACUGAAAAUCCAAUGGAUUCUAACAGCUCUUCUGUACAGCACGGGGCGAGGAAAAAACAGAAGCUAUCAGAUGUGGAAAUAAAAAGUAACAAAAGAAAACGUAAUGUGCAAGCUGCACUACAAGAUCCCUUUGCAGCUGAGAAGGCUAAGAGUUGUGAAAGUGGACCUGUUCUAGAACCUUGUAAUAAAUUUACUUCUGGAAGUACGUCUUCAAAAAUAUCUUCAGAUAAUUCUGAAGACUGGAGUUGUUAUUUAAAAGAGAUGUUGUCAGACAAGAUAGCAAAGCAUAAAAUAGUAAUGCCUUCCAACUCACCUAAUGUUCGUCGGACAAAAAGGAUACGACUGAGACCUCUGGAAUAUUGGCGAGGCGAGCGUGUAAACUAUACCUUGAAGCCUUCAGGAGCGCUUGUGAUUAGUGGAAUAGUGUGUCCAGAAACAGAACCUCACAGGAAGAUUGUUCGGAGGAAGGGUGCUCACAAGCAGAAGAGACAUGAAACAAGAAGUGAGAUACCUGCAAAUUUGGAUUAUGCCCUAGCUGAUACUUCUAAGCCAACUGUUGUAGUGGACCCAGUAACAAAUCAGGAAGUGCUUCUGGAAUGUGUUAACACUGAAAGCAGUCACUCAUGCUUCUUCAAAGAUGAAUCGGUAGAAAUAUAUAAAAAUUUGAAUACAUCUUCUUUUGCCGCUGGUAGAUUGAUUUUGAAACCACUUAAAGAAAAGGGACUCCAGUAUGUCCACAUGGAUACAAUAGCUUUCCAUGUUAUCCAUGGGAAAAUUAUUGUUACCUUACAUAAGACAGUGUAUUAUCUGACUACAGGAGACUACUUCUAUGUUCCAGCAGGAAAUGGAUAUAGCAUACGUAAUCUUCUGAAUGAAGAAAGUGUUCUUCUCUUCACACAGCUCAAAAACAGACCAAAAGCAAGAAGCAUGUUGAUGGAGACCUCUUCACCAUAA